GUAUGCCGAAGGACGGCCCUGCAUUUCUGAGCCUUUCUAUUCCUAGUGCUGGCAUAGGCCCCUACUGCAUUCAUCUUGCUAGAGUUUGACUAAUAUUUGGGUUUUUUCUCUUAUAGCCACACACAGACAGAUCAGUUCUCUUGCUUCCUUGUAUGCUAGCCCUACAAAAUGUUUAAUGCUUCAUAGUGUGAUUCUCUGCAGACUUGUAUGCUGAACAGCCUACUCACCCUCUUCCUGCUGCACUAGUGAACAUGCUGCUCCUUAUUUCACAGGGAAAACCCCAAAGCAAACAGAUAUUAGUACUGGGCCUGGAUGGAGCAGGGAAAACCAGUGUUCUCCACUCACUGGCCACAAAUCAUGUGAAGCGAAGUGCAGCUCCCACAGAGGGCAUCAACGCGGUGUGCAUCAACACUGAAGAGGCCAAGAUGGAAUUCUUAGAAAUUGGGGGCAGCGAAUCUUUGCGUUCCUAUUGGAAGAUGUACCUGCCCAGGGUUCUAGUGCUGAUAUACGUUGUGGAUUCAGCAGAUCGUGAGCGCUUCCCUUUGGCUAAACAGCUUCUUCAUCAGUUGAUCCAAAAUGACUCCACUCUGCCCGUGGUGAUCCUAGCCAAUAAACAGGAUCUCAAAGGUGCAUAUUGCAUCACAGACAUUCAUGAUGCCCUGGCAUUGUCUGAAAUGGGAGAUGAGAGAAAGAUGUUCCUGAUUGGAACCCACGUGGCAGAGGAUGGCUCCGAGAUCUCUUCCAGCAUGAAGGAUGCCAAGGAACUGAUUGCGCAGCUGGUUUCAGAAACUCAGUGACAACUGUUCUCCUGGGAGCAGGAAUGGGAUACUGUGUUGUUGUACUGCCAGCUUGCAGCCACAAUAGUUUCACUUUCAAAUCAAAAUAUGUGGCAUUAUUUUUCCUAAUGCGUGGAGUUUAUAUGAAAAUGAUGUCAAUUUGUUACAAACAUCUAUUUUAUUUAGGGUUUGCAGUUUAAAAUAUCUUUGAAAAGCAGUGUCUUUUUUUUUUUAAUAUUUGUAGGGUGGGGGAAGUUUCAAGAAGACAGAGUUAAUGGGAGAUGCAGUUUAGAAACACUGACCCAGAGCCUCAGCUGUUAUAAAUCAACCUUAUUCAAUUAACUUCAAUUACAUGACACUGAUUUGUACCAGCUGAGGAGCUGAGCCUGACAUUGUUUGUUUCUGUGUUUUACAAAAUCCUAAUAACAAUGAUUUCUGCACUUUCAAAUAGGAAAACGUUCCCCCAGUGUUGGGACGGUUACGAUUGUUCAGAAGUGGCUAGCAAUGUUGGAUGCCCCAAUUUCUGAGUGUCCAGCUUGACACCUUUGGGAAGGGCUGUUUUUCAGAGGGUGGCCAUUUGUCACUUUCUGGAAAUCAGGCCCUUUUAAGGUGUCUUGAGUUGGGCACCCAAAAUCACUAAUCCCUUUUGAAAAGCUUGGCUUGUAGCCUUUUGUUAGUGUGUGAAAACCAGGAAGUGAAACUGAGAAGGCAGAAACCACUGUCUAAGGGUUUCUUUGACUAUAGAAGAUAGUUUCAACAGUAUAACUUACAGUGAGAAUUUAAACCUGUUUAGUUAGUGGUGCAAACGGCUGUAGGGACACUUACUUUAGUUUGAGUGGCUUAUUUUGGUUUAGUUUAAUUCAACUAGGAACCUGUUUAAGCUAAACUGAAAUUAGCCAUUCUUAUACCAGAUAAAGCUGUCCAGCCACCCCUCUUGCAUUAGUUUAACUAUAUUGGUUUUAAAGACAAUUAAAGUUACUUCAGGGCAAGUUGACAAGCCCUGAGCUAAGUCAAAUGCCAAAAGUAAACAAACAGUAUCAAAGAUGAAAAAUAAAUCACAUUUUAAAAAUUACUUCGGCUAUUUACAGAUAAGGAAAACAGUUUGUUCAUUAUGUUCAUCUUGCCAUUGUCUCUUUAAUUUAAAGAAUGUACCUCCUUAAGAAUAUUUAGAAAAUACUGUAAAUACCAAGCAAAGGUUUUGUAACAGCAGAUACUGUACAAAGGUUUUGUAGCAGCAGCCUUUCCAUUUGUCCACUGAAACAGUUAUAUAAAGCAGAACCUUUUAUCAUA